AUGAAGGUCUUUUCCAUUCUUCUGACCACCUGUCUACUGGGACUCUGCCAUUGCAAAAACUCCAGACUUCCCACCGACAGAUUUAUUAUCGAGGUCUUGGACGACUAUACAGAGGAUGAGGUUGUCAACUACCAUCCAAAAAGGAGGACGAGGAAAAGUGAAUCGAGCGGCAAAAGACAGGUAUGGGACAUGGCCAACGGAACUGUCUAUGAAGUAGAGUACACACUGUCAUCGGCUCGUAGAUACAGUGAUGAAAAGGUAGCAGAUGUGGCAGUGGACGAAUCUCCAGUUCCUCAAACAUCUAGACACACUACUACUUUGGAUCUUGCCAAUCCAGAUAAGGAUGAGUGCGAAUUCUUCGAGUAUCCUUUCGCUGGUAAUGCUGUUCAACUCAUUGUCCCAAAGAGGAAUAUAGCAGUUACAAGGUUAGUAGAUGGUGAGGAAGAAGUUUAUGUUCUUUCUACUGGAGAAAUGUUCCAAUAUGCCAACUCAUAUCUUAACACGGAUGGCACGCCUGAACUAGUAUUAGUCACUCUCAGAACUUUAUCUGGAACAUCACGAAGAGAUUAUGUAAAGACUGAGAAUGGAUGGACAUUUUGCACUUAUAGUAACGUUAAGAUCAAGAGCUUAAAGACGAGGUCAACCUGGAUAUCAGACUUUAACAUUGACCUUUCAUUAGAAACUAGUACCGAUCAAUGCACCAUCUUUGAAACGGAGUUACUAGGAGUUACAACUAAGCAUUUUUUUCCUAAACCAGGGUACCUUGCCAAAGGAGUAAAGGAUGUGAAUGGCCUUUUAUGGAGUUCUUCAAAACCUAUUUAUACAGAAGGAACCAUCGGAAGGCAUAGCGGAUACUAUAACGACUAUUGCCUUUCUUGCCUCGUUUAUAAGAAGGGAUCUAUGGAGUUACUGGAGAUGGUUGUAGUGGAGAGUUGUUCAAGGAGAUGGAAAUUCUUUGAAAAGGAUGGUACGGAAUGGAGGGAUAUUGGAGGGGUGGAAGACUUUUUAAAUAAGCUAAAGGUAAUUAUGGAAGGGUUCACUACUCUACCUCAAUCUUUCCAAUAGUGAAUCCUCAUGGAUGCUAUUUGAAGCAUCUUGAUGAUAAAGGUCAACAUGAGUCUAUCGUUCUCUCUUCUUAGCGAGUACAUACGGAAAAUCUGUAGGAAUUUCUAUGGAUAUCUAUCAAUAAUGCAGUACAAUAAUUUUACAUCUUCUCCGCACUCCA